AAUAUUUUUUUGUAAAAAGGGGGAAAGAAACGCUAUACACGCCUACUUUUUUCCUAAGCUAGUUAAAAUAAAAUUUAAGACAACCUAAAUAUGGUAAGACACCAAGUACACUUACCUCUGCACUCCUUGGCUUCGGCAGGUGGGGUUCAAAGGCACUGUGACUGACUGGGGAGUGAGGUCACCUGGGUUCUAGUCUUUCCUGGCCCCUGGUUCCCUAGUCUCUCCAACUAGAUGAAGCACUUGCUCUCCUUGUCACAGAGGGCGCUCAGAAAAUGCUGGUUGGCUGGGGCCUGGGUGGAAGUGCCCUUUAAUUCCCCCGAGGCUGGCUGGCCGGCUCUUCUGCGGGGGUGUUCUAGAAGGACUGUCCCGCGCAGCACCCCAUCUAUAUGAGGCGAAACGCUGGCAUUCCAUCCUAUGGACUUCGGCAGUCCAUCCUCGUUAAUAAACGGCUCCAGGACUGUUAUGUUGACGCUCCCACCCUCACCAACAUAUGGACUUCCAAAACGUGUGCAAACCCGAACGUAGCUCCGAAGGGCAGUCCCACCUCUUCCUGGGAAGUUGUCAAGAAUCCCCUAGUUUCAAGCUCCUUCUCUCUGGUUAAGUUAGUCCUCAGGAGGCAGCUGAAGGACAAAUGCUGCCCCAUCCCUCCCAAGUUAGGUGGUGAGGGGAAGGCUCGGAAGAUUCCGAAGGUCAAGACCAACGGGACCGCGGAAGUGAGGGCUGACCCAGGGGAUGGGAACACAGAGUCUGCCCCAAACAAAAACAAAAGCCCUUCCGGGAAGCUGUCCGGCACAUCGGAUUCGAUGAGGCCGGCCGGACACGAUAGUGAGAGCAAAGAAAGUCAAAAGGAAGAAAAGGGGGCAGUCAGUGAAGGUCUCCAGGAUGGGGUCGUCGCCCAAAGUCCCCCAGGGGAAAUCGAGGGACUAGCCGGGAAGAUCCAAGGCCCGCCUCCAGACAACAGAAGCAGACAACAUUCGCAGGAGGCGCUUAUUAUCCACGGGCUCUCCGCUGAGCAAUACACGGCCUUGUACCACUCGGUGGUGGAGCCCAUGCUGUGGAACACAUCAGGAACACCCAAGAGAUACAGCCUGGAGCUGGGCAAGGUCAUCAAGCGCAAGCUCUGGGAAGCCCUGUGCACUCAGGCCACGACCCCCGGCCCCGGAGGAGCGGGCCCCAUCCCACCCGGGAAGCGCGCGGGGCCCCGACUGGAGAAGGACGUCAGGGAGCAGCCGGCGGUGCCCAAGUGGCCGAAGUUGGAGUAAAGCUGGGAAUAGAAGCGGAAGACUAGAAACAUCAAUUAAUAGGGUUAGGAUAUUUGAUGCUGCAUGUCUGAAAAUAAAAAAACAGCUCUUUGAGAAAGUGCCUUCCUGUCUUUUGG